AUGCAGCUCAUCCUUGCUGCCCUCCUCCCCGCCGUUCUCGCCUUCCCUCUCCCUCACCAUGAGCGUCAAACGCUUGCCCUCUCCCUCACCCCAGGUAUAAGCCUCGACGCAGCAAUCGCUCUCGAUGCUGAUGUCGAUGUACAAGUAGCCCCGCGCAUCGUUGAAGUCGAUUCGCUCGAUUCUGUUUACUCGCGCGAUCUUGUUUCCGGCCUUGUCGGCACGCUCAGCAACACCGUCGGGGCCAUGGUCAAUACCGCCACCGGCCUGAUUUCGGGCCUGGAGUCGGAGGCCGGACAGCUCAUCCAACCUCCGUCCCCGUCUCGUCUGGAGGUGCAUCCAUCUCGCAGAGACAUCGAGCGCGAUAUCGUCUCCACUCUGGAGAAUGAUGUGGCAGACCUACAGGCGGAGGCAUCAGCUAUCCUUGGUGACCUCGGCGUGCGGGAUCUCUUGUCCCCCGUGGAGGGCGAGAUCACCGCCGCCGUUGACGAAGUUUCCUCUCUUAGUGAUAGUUUCGGUGUCCGCAACGACGAGAUCCUCCCCCGCGACAUGCUCGACAACCUCAUCCACGACGCCGUUCUCGCCGCCUCACCCCUGCACGACCUCCUUCCUCUCAGCACGUACGAGAGCAUUUCGGUGCUCACCGAGAUCUCGAAGCAGGCCAAGCGCGACUUUCUCAAAGCCUUGUUGGGUACAGUGAUGGGCCCUGUUGAGGGCACUGUUGAGUCUGCAGUCGGGACCGUCACCCAGUUGGCCGACGGCAUUCUCGACGAUGCAAGUGGUAUCCUCGGCGCAAGAAACCCCGUCGGCGCUGCUGAUCCUGCCCUUGAACCUGUUGUGAACCUGGCAGGCGGGUUAAUUGGGGAUGUAACCACCAAUGUCGAUGGUGCCCUGGAUCCCGUCACACCCCUCCUAGAUGGCGUCCUUGGCGAAGCCACCAAUCUCCUUGACGUGAGGAAUCCUCAGGCUGUCGCCGGCCUCCUCAAAGAAGUUACCGACUCUGUCCUUGGGACUGUUGGCGGCCUGGCAGGCGGAUUGCUGGGCGAGGUCACCGACACCGUCGAUAGCGCCGUAGUUGUUUGAUGGGCACCGUUGGCACGGUAACUGGGACACUCGGUCAGGUCCUGCCACUCGAUGAUAUCACGAACCUCGUGGACAUCUAAAGAUUGCCGAUGUCAUUCUUCCGACAAAAGUGCCGAAUUCGUUCCUACCACUUUGAUCAGUCCGAAUCCCCCAACAUUAUUCAAGUAUAAUCACUGACCUUGUCCUAUACCACAU